AUGAGUGCUGUUGUGUCCCUGGUUGAACUUGCUUCGGAAACGGUACGGGAGCUGCAAAAGCGCCAAGGCAAAAUGGAUCCCUUCUAUGAGAUAUUCAACGAUGACCUCGCGCGUUACACCCUAAUGGUCCUUUGCCUGAUGGUGGCCUGUAUCUUGGUCUGGAAAUCGUGGUUCCGGAUGGCUGCCCACCUGAGACGCCUGGCCAGUUUCAACAGUGGCCAUCAGCGCUACUUCAUGGAGCCUAAUGGGACCUUCGCAAAGGUCAAGAACCAUAUCGUCUACGCACCGUUGUUCCGUACUCGCCAUAACCGUGAGUUCCAGCUGUCUCGAGCCGUCAACAUGGGCACUCUGCCGAGCCGCUUCCAUACGUUCAUCCUGGUUGGCAUCAUCGUCAUGAACGUGGUUCUGUGCACCGUCACCGUCCCCUACAAAAAACAGGAAGAUACCGUUGCGGGUAUCAUCCGAAAUCGCACCGGUACUAUGGCAACCGUCAAUUUGAUUCCCCUCGUGGUUUUGGCGGGGCGGAACAACCCCUUGAUCAAACUCCUCCAGGUCCCGUUUGACACCUACAACUUGAUCCAUCGCUGGCUCGCUCGGAUCGUUGUCUUCGAGGCCUUGGCCCAUACGUUUGCCUGGAUGAUCCCUAAGGCGCAGUCGGGACUUUUAGUACACUCUCCUUCUCCCAUUCGACAUGCAUUCUACGAGACUUUCCUCCAUUUGCACUUGGUGAUGGUCAUCCUCGUGAUGGCCUUCCUUUGGGUCCAUCUGGACGGGCUCGAUGCACAGAAGUACUUGCUUGGGUCCAUUAUUCUCUGGGCGCUUGAGCGAUCUGCGCGACUGCUCAUCCUUCUGUACCGCAACUGUGGAAGGCAAUCCACCACGGCACUUGUCGAGGCCCUCCCCGGUGACGCUGUGCGAGUGACGCUGAAGCUGGCACGGCCCUGGACCUUCAAACCGGGCCAGCACAUUUACCUGUACAUCCCUGUCGUCGGAUGGUGGACGUCACAUCCCUUCUCGGUCGGAUGGAGCGAGGCGGAGGAAAUUCUGAGCGACGAGAAGGGCAUGCCCAUAACUCGACAGGAUGUGCAUGGCCUACGGAAGACGACUAUUUCCCUCUUGGUCCGUCGCCGAACUGGUUUUACCAACAAGCUGUUCCAGCGCGCCGUGAGUUCCGUCGGGUCUCGCGUGACUCUGCGAGCAUUCGCCGAGGGGCCGUAUGGCAGCAUCCAUACCAUGGACUCGUACGGCACCGUGCUUCUGUUCGCGGGGGGUGUCGGCAUUACCCACCAGGUCCCCUUCGUGCGCCAUUUGGUCCAGGGCCAUGCGGACGGCACGGUUGCCGCCCGCCGGGUCACCCUGGUCUGGAUCAUUCAAUCGCCGGAGCAUCUCGAGUGGAUCCGACCCUGGAUGACCAGUAUCCUGGCCAUGGAGCGUCGCCGCGAGGUUCUCCGGAUCAUGCUGUUCAUCACGCGUCCGCGCAACACCAAGGAGAUCCAGAGCCCGAGUGCCACCGUGCAGAUGUUCCCCGGCCGACCCAACAUUGAAACCUUGGUCGGGAUGGAGGUUGAAAACCAAGUGGGUGCGAUGGGGGUGUUGGUCUGUGGCAACGGUGGCUUGAGUGAUGAUGUCCGACAGGUCUGUCGCAAACGACAGGAUCGUACGGAGAUUGAUUUUAUUGAGGAAAGUUUCACCUGGUGA